AUGCUUGGUACGGACAGGGUUGGCAUGGACAGACUCGGCACGGAUAGGCUCGGCACAAACAGACUCGGCAUGGACAGGCUCGGCAGGGGCAGGUUCGGCCAGGAGACGCUUCAUGGUGAGAGUGGGAAGCAGAGGCUCGAGCACAACCCAUCAACCCAUUGUGGCCCUUCUUCUUCUUGUGUGUCAGCUGCUAUUGGUGCACAGUCCUGUGCUGUCCCCAUGGUUGCUGCACGCCCACAUAUUAUUCCCAUGGGUACCUGCCCUCGUGGUACCCCCAUGGGUACACACCCGCGUGGUCGUGGUUCCACCACGCGGGCGCCCGUGGGCACAGCUGCUGCAGAUGCAAGGGUUGGGCAUGGUGAUAGUGAUGGAACCAGAGGUGAUACAAAUGAGGCAGGCAGAAACGAGAGAGACAGGAAGGAGUGUGAUACAGGAGGGGCCAGCGGUGGUGCUGAGGAGGAUGUGACUGCAGACCAAGUGCCUCUGCCCAACCAUCCAGGCUGGCUUACUACCAAGCGCCGCAAGAGUCGGAAAGAGGAGCUGUUAGAGCUUGAGUUGGCAAUGGAGCGAGAGUAUGAGGCCGGGAAGAGGCAGCAAAAUGGAGGGAGGGUAGACGCACCCAAGAAGUUGAAGAGGGGGGAGGGUGCGUGGGAGUGGGGUGAUGGGGGGGAGCGGGCAAAUGGAGAGAGAGGAAGGAGGAGGAGUGGAGAGGCAGGGCUUGAAGAGGAUUCCAUUGACCAGAUGGUCCCUGAAGAUUGA